UCCGCUGGCAGCCGCGUUGCCUCCGGAGGGCACCUAUGCUUCCGGCGUUAUAGUGCGCUGCUCGAGGGGGUCGAGCCGGAGUCGGCGCAGCAGCUAGGCAUUGCGUGGUGGUGCGCGAUGAUGCCUCCGUGCUCCGGGAGGCCUCCACCCCUGGCCCUGGUUUCGCCUUUCGGGCCGUGGCUGCUGCAAGCGGGCCUGGGCUACGUGCCGCUCAGGCGAGAACCGCACUUCCGGUGCCUCGCCGCAGCGGUGCCUCCACCACGCGUGCUCCUGUGCUGUGAGGGCCCGCUGGGCCGAGUGGUGCCGUGGCCGCAGCAGCAGCAUCAUGGCCCUGCCUGCCCAGCCAAGUCCUUGAGGCUCGGUCCCAGUGCGCUCUGGAGAAGACAGCAGCGCAGGCACCGACAUCACCACAGGAGUGCCACCAUGGGGCAGAAGGUCACCACCGGCCUCAAGGUGGUUCAGCCCAUGGAGGAAGAGAGCCUGGUGGGUCAGCCGUCAGUUGCUCACCCAAGCCGCCCUGGCUGGAUCCAUGACGUGCGGGAGCCUCAACGGCCGUUGCGACUCGAACUGCUUUUGGACAUGCCGCCAGCUAGUCCAGAGUUACAGUGCCGGCACGCCUGGAACCCAGAGGAUCGGUCACUAAACAUUUUUGUCAAGGAAGAUGACCGGCUCACCUUCCACCGACACCCCGUUGCUCAAAGCACGGACUGCAUUCGUGGCAAGGUGGGUUACACACGAGGGCUUCAUGUGUGGGAAGUCCGUUGGAGUACGCGACAGCGGGGCACACAUGCUGUAGUGGGUGUGGCCACACGGGAUGCUCCACUUCACUCGGUUGGCUACCAGUCCUUGGUGGGCAGCAACCGUGAGUCCUGGGGAUGGGACCUGGGCCGGAACAAGCUAUACCACGACGUUAAAAACAACCCCGCUGUCACUUACCCUGGGGACUGCCGUCCAGCGGACGAGAUCUUCUUAGUACCGGAUGCAUUCUUGGUUGUUCUGGACAUGGACGAAGGCACGUUGGCCUUUGUGGUUGAAGGCCGAUACCUGGGUGUGGCAUUUCGGGGUCUGCGGGGCAAGAAGCUCUACCCUGUGGUCAGUGCAGUCUGGGGCCACUGUGAAAUCACCAUGAAGUACAUUGGUGGACUUGACCCGGAGCCACUUCCCCUGAAGGACAUCUGUCGGCGAGUGAUACGGCAGCGUGUUGGCAAGACCCGCUUGUCGCGGGUGCACGAACUGAACCUUCCAACGGCUCUGAAGGCAUACUUGCUGUAUCAAGACAGGACCAGUUAAUGACCGCCAGCCCUGUGCCACACGGGCUGCCUGAGUGUUCAACUGCCGAGCCCAAUCCUCACGCCAGUCUCACGCCACGGGUCUGCCUCAGGAAUCCUACUCAUGAGCAAAGCACAGGGUGGAUUUGUGCCAUAUUCAUUCUGAUGUAAGGCAGGUACAUUGCUCUCUUCUGAGGCUCAUCGCCUUCUCAAAAAGCUUGAUCGCCCGUAUUUCUGGUGAGAUUGGAACUGUGCAUUGGUCUUGAUGCAUGGCUUCUCACACAACUUUAAAUAGUCUACAAAGAAAGCUUUUCAGUUAGGUAUUUCUGGUGAGAUUGGAACUGUGCAUUGGUCUUGAUACAUAUCUUCUCACACAACUUUAAAUAGUCUACAAAGAAAGCUUUUGAGUUUUUUUUUUUUUUCAAGUCAACUUUAUCAUUGUUCUGGUAGACUGUCUAAAUUUUAGUUGUGGUCGUUCCGGUUUUUUGUUGGUGUACUAGAAAAAACAUUCAAUACCUGAGCAUUCACGAAAGAUUAGCGUUGCUGCGACCUUUCUAGAAGGAAUUCGAGCUGUUGCUAAGCCUUUUGCGAGUUACCAAACAAAGUGCUCGCUUGAACACACAGAAACUGAAGAAUUUUGUUUAAUGCACCAUCUAGAGUGAUUUCUCAUUUCAGUGUGUGUUCUUGAGCAUUACCAUUUUGUGAACAUGUUCAUUGUCAUUAUUAGCAAAUGGCUUAUUUCACUAUGUUGGCAUUCCAGUCCAUAAAAUUGAGGAGCGCUUCAAACUGUGCGAGUUGUGAUAGGCAGUUGCUUCAUGAAGAACAGGCAGCAAAUAAUUCUGGCCAAACACAGAUUUUAAGGAGUCCCUAGUAUGGUUUGUGUCAUGAUGAAUUGUAAAUAAUGUUAUAUUUAUGCAGUCUAUUUAUUUAUUUGAUAUACUCUCUUAAACACUGUUUUUUUUGCCAUGCGAAUACUGUAAUGUAACGUAAAUCGCAUUUUAUCGAUCAAGUUGUUUAAUUUUGGCUAAUGAAUUCAGUUGUUUAUAAUUCCCCACUCCUGCCUUAUAUUUGGAUAAAUAUGGUAACUGGCACGUGUAUGUGAAAUGCGUUUUGAAGAUGGUUGGUGCAUGCUGCUCCACUUGAUGUACUUCACAAAUGCUGUAUAAUCAUGAUGAGUAUUGAUUCUUAUAUUGUAAGAUAUGCGAUUGUAUGUAAAAUAUUGCUCUGUGUGCUCGCCAAAGGGCUUAGCGCAGCUACUUCAGUGGCUUCCACCAAACUUGGCGAAGUGUAGCAUUUGAUAUUGUAGUAGGGUGCAAGUUGUCACUUGAAGUAAGGUGAUAGGCAAGUUAUCUGGCAUGUCCUGUUUGAUGCAUUGCUUCUGUUAAUUCUGUUACAAAUCUGCCCUGUGGUGUAUAUGCAGUAUGUGAAAGAAGUUAAGUGCAGUAUUUAAGAGCCAAGGCAGGUUAUGAAAUAGUGGGGCUUUGCAGAGGGUGCAUUGCUAAUCGAGGCAUCUUUCAGUGCUGAGUGAUGUGGGAAUUGCUUGGGACUCGCCUCUGUGGCACUUAAAUGCAUUUGUGCAGCAUGAUGCGAGUUUACAGGUAAUAUCGGUGCCUAUCACAUUGCUUUUACUUUUUUUUUCCCUUUUUUUUUCUCCACACACCCCCAUGUCUGUGGGCAUAGCUUAGUCACACUUGCUAAUGACAGCAUUUGCGAGUGCAGUGUUGUGUGCACAGUUUCGUCGCCUCAGUCAUUGACUUUGUUCCGAGAACACACCGGGCGACAUCAAGUGUAAGCGCUGUAGACCAAUUGCACCAGUAUAGAGUGCAUCUGUUUUGGAGGCCACACUCUUCGCAAGAGGAACAAGCAGGAUAUUUUUUGCGUUUGCAACACUCCAUGUGUGGUGGGCAGUUCUGGCCACAAACUGAACCAUGGUUUGUUUGGUGUACAUAGAUGCUAAGUUUUUAGCUGCAGUGGAUUACCGAAGUUUUGGAAAGGACUGCUUGAACACUCGCAGGCAUCUGGCAUCUUCGGCCGGAGUUGUGUGUGUAGUGAACACGUGCGAAGGUUUCUCACACGCCGUGUGGGGAAGGCUGCAUUGAACUAGGCUGGAUGCUUUUUCAAAAGACUGCAGAGCUUAGCUGUCCGAUUACUGCUGAUCUGAUAUAUUACCAUGUGUGCUGUGUGAGGUGUAGAAACUGCUUUUGUUAUUGGCAGCUUGCAAUAGGAAAUUUUUAGGCCACAUAAUUGAACAGUUUUGAUGCCGAGAAAUCAUUUAGGAUUUGCCUGUGCUGUGGCAGUAAUCAAUGAUGCUGCUGCAAGCAGCUGAUGUGUGCUUUUGCUUGUCUACUUGCUGCUUUUCUCUCUGAAGCAUCAGUUCGCAUUGAGCUGAAUGCAAAAAGUGUGCAAUGUAGUGCCUCUGAGCAAUACAACAUCAUUUCAGUAAACUGUGAAUUUCACAGGAGGCUAGAAAGGUGCACUUUUUUUCUAUAUUAGAACCAGCUUCAAAAAUUUCCUUUUUUUUUUUUUCAUUCACAUCAGUAUUUUCUGGCCAGGGUGAGCCCUUUGCAAGGUGGAGCUCAUUUUUGUUCAGGUGAAUGCCAUUAGAUGAUCAGAAUAUUUGAAUGUGGUCGUGUGGUGCAGGGCAUAUUAUAGCUUCUUGGUAAUGCUGUGAAAAUUUAAGGGACUAGCAGUAUGUGUGAUCUUACUCCAGUGUGGUGAGCACAUUGUGAAAUGUUGAGUGAUUAAUGCAGUCAUUGUGUAAGACCCACACCUAUGUUCAAUUACUCGGCACUGCUUCUCGUAUCAUUUGCAAAUGUCUAGGUUUAUGAAUUCAACGUAUGUUGUGCAUAUUUUAACACAGUGUCAGUGCUUACAACAAGAAAAUUGAUAGGUUUGCAGUUCUAUCUGCUCAGUGGUGCCCAACUGAUGUGUCCAUGUAUUUAUUGUCAUCACUGUGUUAAUAGUAAGUGUCAAGGGUGGAUAUACUGCAGCAUUUGCAGUAAGACUUCAAAUUUAUUAAGGCUAUUAUGUUCAAUUGAGCCACUAAUGAGUCUGUGCGAUAUUUUCCCCAUUGUUUUCUCACUUCAUCUGGAAAUAGCUCUGAGGAACACCUUGCCAAUGUAUAUUUGGCUUUGUAAAUGAAGCAGAUUUUACAUUGUUUGCUGAAAUAUCCUUGCAAUCUAAUCUUCAGUGCUGUCGAAUCAUUGAAAUGACAUGAUGGCUUUUAUUUUUUCAGAA